UGCUGACUAACUUACAGCUAUGUAAAUAGAACCAUCACACAGUGCCCGUUAGUGUAUAGUGAUAACCUGUGGAUACAAGUCUUUCUGGAGCUCAUUUUGUGGACAUAACACAACAAUUAUGAGGAAACCUGCGAAAACACUCUGGUUCGACCGCCCACGAUAUGUGUUCCUGGAAUUCUGCGUGGAGAACAGUCGUGAUGUGAAAGUAGAAAUUGAAAGUAAUAAGGUGAUUUUUAGCUGUUUCAAUGAAGAUAAUACUCCAAUUUACAAUGUAAUUCAUUUAUAUGACAGAGUGCAGCCAAAUGAUUCCAGAGAGAAACGAUCUGACCGAUCAAUUACCUGUUUUCUGAGGAAAUGGAAAGAGAAAGUUGCCUGGCCACGAUUAACAAAGGAAAAUAAUAAGCCAGCUUGGUUGUCCGUAGACUUUGAUAACUGGAGAGACUGGGAUACAGAAGAAGAAGGAGAGAUGGCCAUGGCUGAACAUUAUCUAGAUUUAAUAAAUAGUGUUAAGGACAAGGGAGUGCCUCCCAGCAUGGAUGACCUUGAAGAUUUAGAUGAAGAUAUGUAACAUUGGCCUACAGGUUCCUUGUUUGAGACCUCAGAAUGAAGAAAGCAGAACGAUGGAAAUAACAUCAGUUUUUCAUUUUCUGUGUUUCUAAUAAAUUAUUAUUUUUAAA